AGUGAGUAACUGAAGGCAAAAAAAUGAAUACUACUACUGUACGUUGCUCUUUGACAAUUGUUUUGAACGACAAACAAUGCCACAAUAUCAUGAAGUACCUAGGACAUCAAACGAGGUGGUUAGUUUCCCUGGUUUAUUUUUACUUUUUGUUUUAAUAGUUUUCUCUCUGGCUUCCGGGGGUUAACCACUACUCGACUAUAGGCCUACUGAAUGCAUUUAAAAGUGCGAAGCCAUUUCUUAACCUUAGUGUCGAAAAUCCGACUUUACGGGCAGCACCUGAAAGCCACACAACAGCGGAUGUUGCAGCAGCAGUCUACAAUACAUCGGCAACCAUGUAGCGCUGCGAGCUAAAAUAUCUCCCACCGACGAGCAAAAAAACAUGUCCACAUAUGCAUUCGUGUCGCGAUAAAGUAAUAGUAUCUCAAAAUGCGUUUGUGGAGAUAACUGGACGCUCGGGCGGAAAUUACAAGGCGAGGGAAUCCGAAAACCGGGGAGUGUGAAACUGACGGCUACGAAAUAGAGGCGCUAUCUGGACGUCUGGAAGGAGACGUCGGGCUACUCCUCUGAUUUAUUAGCCUACCUCGGCGUUUUACCGGCCUUUUAAAUGACUGAACUUCACCGGCGAAGCGCAGUCUGCUGUAGACUCGGGGGAAGGGCGUGCAGCGCUAACGGGUACCGGGGUUUGUAGUUUGCACCAGGUCUGUCCGUCCGCGUUACCGCCCCGUUUUUUCCUCCCUCUCUCUCUCUCUCUCUCUCUCUCUCUCUCUCUCUUUCUUGCGCUCUCUCUCUCUCUCUGUCGGUAACGUUAUCAGCACGGCCAGGAGAAGGCUGAAGAAACCAGUUGGUUGUUUUUUUUGGACCUAUAACCAAAACCUGCUUCCACCAUGGGGAAUACAACCUCUUGCUGCGUGUCCUCGAGCCCCAAACACAGGAGGAACAACCACUCCAGGCUCGAGCCCUACCGGCCGGAGCCGGAGCUGAGCCGGGAGGACACGGGCUGCAACCUCCAGCACAUCAGCGACAGAGAAAAUCUAGACGAUCUACCCAUGGAGUACAACCCCUCAGAUCAUCCCCGGGCCAGCACCAUCUUCCUCAGCAAGUCACAGACCGACGUUGCCGUGCCCAACAAGAGAGUUCGAGAGAAACGGAAGAGCCUUUACAUCAACCAUUUCACACACAUUUCGGAGAACAAGCAUCAUCCAGGCCCGGUGAGAAGGAAAUACAGCUCAUGCUCCACCAUAUUCCUUGACGACAGCACCGUCAGUCAGCCCAACCUCAAAUACACCAUCAAAUGCGUAGCCCUGGCAAUAUACUACCACAUAAAGAACAGGGAUGUCGACGGAAGAAUGUUGGUCGACAUUUUCGAUGAGAAACUGCACCCGCUCACGAAGUCUGAAAUUCCUCCGGAUUACGAAAAACACGACCCCGAGCAGAAGCAGAUCUACCGCUUCGUCAGGACGCUGUUCAGCGCCGCACAGCUCACCGCCGAGUGUGCCAUUGUCACCUUGGUGUAUUUGGAGAGGCUCCUGACCUACGCUGAGAUCGACAUCAGCCCUGUUAACUGGAAGCGCAUCGUGCUGGGAGCCAUCCUUCUGGCAUCCAAGGUGUGGGACGACCAGGCGGUCUGGAACAUCGACUACUGCCAAAUUCUCAAGGACAUCACUGUGGAGGACAUGAAUGAGCUGGAGCGUCAGUUUCUGGAGCUGCUGCAGUUCAACAUCAACGUGCCGUCCAGCGUCUACGCCAAGUAUUACUUUGACCUGCGCUCCAUGGCUGAGGCCAACAAUCUCAGCUUCCCCCUGGAACCCCUCAGCAGGGAGAAGGCCCAGAAACUAGAGGCCAUCUCGCGGUUGUGUGACGACAUAUACAAGGACUCGAGGAAACAAACGAAGAAGCGGUCAGUGAGUGCGGACAACCUGACGGUGGUGCGGUGGUGUCCAGCCAUCAUUUCCUAACACUGACUGCCCGCAGCACGGAGACAGACCUGUCGGACAUACUGUACUGUGUUUCUGCCUGGUAAGCAGGCAAACCAGGCGGGCAGCAGUCCUGUGGAUCAGUACACACAUACACACACACACACACACAAAACCUAGCACUUUUACAAGUGUGAUUGCACCCUCUCUGGUUGUUGUACAUAAAAGAAGUUCCACUGGCUGCCUGCACUGAACCAAACAGAGCUGAGCUGAACCAAACUGAAGUGCGUGAGUGAAAGUUGUUGGAAUGAAGACCUCGACUGCAGAAGAAGAGGCCGAACAGAAACACAGCUGGCAAUACAUAUAUAUAUAUAUAUAUAUACUGUAGAUGACAGACUGUGUGAAGUUGGGACAAGCUUAAUGUGGAAAAACCAGGCGACAACAGCGUUCCAUAAUUCCCUCUUCCACUCGCUCGUGCGGUUGAUUGAGGGAGGCCGUGUACAUUCCUUUUCCUUUUAAUCUUCCGGUUCAGUCACUUUCUGAGCUGAAGCAUGAGAGGAUUUUUUUUGACGGGCACAUUGGGAAAUUUGGUUGGUGUUCAUCUCUUCUUUUUGCAUCCCCAUCCGGCGCGAACCCUCUUGCGAGCAGAUCCAAGCGUACACAAGGGAAAGACAUGUACAUUCCUCCGUUACCUUCAGUGUACACUUGAUGCAUUCGACCGGACUGCAUAUCAUCGUAUUCAUCGUAGCCGUUUUCAUUGAAGCUCUCAUUCGGAGGGCUGACAUUGAAAAAGCGAGUCAGUCUUUCGCUCUGACAGGACCAGGAAAACUCAACUCACAGCGAGGCCAUCCAGCCAACGUUCCCGACACAGCCAUUCACUUAAAGCAAUAUUCAUGCAUUGCUCGGUUGUUGUGAUUAAAUAGGAUGAAGCGUGCAUACUCGGGAGGAGACUGAGCGGAGGACAGCGGUCCACGACUCUCAGUCAGACAUGAGACGUACUGUAGAACUGGUGUUGUACUUAAUUCACUGCCAUCGUCCUGACCUGUGGUGCCUGUAAUAAGCUAGUUUAACACCUCUCCCCCUUUCUACUGGAGGAAUAGAACAAAUAACUGAAAUAUUUCUUUUUUUUUUCUUUAACAUUUUGUAUGGUUCUUCCAGCGUACAAAGAAACAGCACAAAGUGGAAUAUCGACAUUUAGGAGCCACUAAACGCAUGAUUAUUUGUCAGGGUUGUUCUGGAGAGGAACCCAAGUGAUAGAAAAAAAGCAUUAAGUGACACAUUCCAACACACUGCUUACAAAAAAAGAUGGAUUGUAUACGUUUUGCUAAGUUUUCUCUGUACAGUGUAAAUACAGAAUCUGUAGACUGAGAUCGUACUGUAAAACCAGAGAAAGAAUGAUGAUAGAAUACUUCUAUUGGAUGAGUUCAUACUGUACACGAGGGGGAUGCUGAAUAUGUUGGAUGUUCCUACGACAAAUCAAGUAAAGAUUAAGUAUUGCGAUUUAAACGGGAGACACCACUUAAGUUUUCUUGUUACGAUGUUUAUUUUCACACAGCAGAAAAUGCCAAGUUUUUUGUAUGUGCUACAUGCUGUAUAUGGUAACUUAAUUAUACGAAACAAUUCAGGCUUAUUUUAUUAUUUGUUAUCCUUUUUUAAAGAUUUUUUUCUUACCCCACUCUGUAGAGGCAUUACCAGAUCCAUGUGUUCUUAUGGAGCCCCGUAAAAGAAACAUGUCAAAAACACAGUAUAACUCAAUGCAUCAAUGAAUAUGAUAACAUCAUUUAAAUGGAGUGUAAAAAAAGAGCUAUAAAGUUUAUAGUUUUCCUUCAACCUCCAUCAGUUUUUAAUUUAUUUUUCUUCUUCUUUAUCUUUCUCUACUGUAGCUCAUCAUGUUUUGGUCUUGUCACACAUUAAAUCAUUUCUCUACUCCCUGUGUUCCCGGAGCAACAUUUCCUUUUCCUCGUGUCAUUUUCAAUUUUACAGUUUUACAGACGUCUCUUUUAGAAUGGGGGUCUUUGGGGGAAAUGCUUUUUGGGCUGCAGGGGAUUUUUUUGUGUCAGUACUGCAAGUUGCAACUUCAGUUGCCCAACUGAUCUCACACACACACACACACACACCAAUCACAUGCCCUAGACAUACAUGGACAUGGACAUUAUUUUCUGCAAUAUAGCGCAGUAAAUGGAAAAUAAGGAGUAGAUAAAUGAUUACAUGUGUGCCAAGACCAAACAUUUGGAAAGUUGGUGAAAGAUAAUAAAUAAAGUUUGGGUUUAUUUUAUUAACUUAUUGAAGGUUACAGCAAAUUCAUUUUUUAUUUAACUAACAAUAUUAUUUAUUUAUGCAUUCAGUUAUAACAUUGACUUUUCUGAUAACCUUUUCUGAACGUUUAUCUGGAACUUUCUUUUUUCUCCAUGAAGACAUCGCCUCCUGAUUUGCUCUUGUCUUAACAUUUCUUAAGUCCAGGGAUCCAGAAGGUAAACCCAUAAAAUCAACCAGUUGAAUUAUUGACGCCUGAAUGGGUUCAUAAAAGUGUGAAUUAACGCUUUUAUUACAUAAACUUUACAGUACUGGUUGUUUGCCUUAAGAUCAACUGGACACACAUUUUGCUUCACUAAAUCCUUGAAUAGAUCAUUCAUUUAAAAAUAUCAUCACGUGACAUUUCCAGGCUUGUAACGCAUUUUAUCUUUGUAACAAAAGAUCGGGCGUCAGCGUCUACCCUCCCUUCAAGCCUCGAGCUUAUUCCGUGCAUUUCAUUGGCAACUUUCACAUCAAGCUACCAGAGAAUCAGUCAGUGAGAUGUCCAGGCCCUGAGCAGCGGGGGCGUGAGCAGAGACAGAACCGUACCAAAGUGGUGAAGAAAUGAAGAGGACGGUCCUGUUGGACGUGUUGCUCCGACCCAGCUCACACUUUGCACAUGAAGUAUAGAAAACAAAAACAAAGGUGUUUAGACGGAGACGGAGAACUGUUGUUUUGCAUGGUGCUUUGAGAUGAGGGGAAAAUAAAAGUGCAAAACUGUCUUUGGGAAAGUACCGUUGCUGGAGUGGCUGUUGUGAGUUCCAAAUGUUAGAGGUAUUCAAAGAUUGUAUAUCCUAUUUAUUGUGCGUGUGUGUGUCUGUGUGUGUGUGUGUGUGUGUGUGUGUGCGUGUGUGCGUGUGCGUGUGUGCGUGCAUACGGCCCGGACAGGUGUUCUCUAGACCCACACAAGUAAGUAAGUGUUGAUGCCAUGUGGUCCACUUAGGUGAGUCCUUUCCUCCAACAUCACGGACCAUGGGCCUGUGGCGUCCUGUUGGCUGGCUACUAGGUGUGUGUGUGUGUGUCAUGGCCUUGUGCACUGAACUCUACCUCUGCAUAGAGUUUUCUCUUCAUUUCUCUUCCUCUCGUUGACGACAAUUUGUUGUCUUUUCACACAUUCAUGACGGUUUCCCUUGCUAACAUCAGUCUGCUGUAGCUGUGACCUUUUUUUUUGUUUUGUUUUUUUCAUUGACAUUGAUAUUUUCAACAUGUGCUGUAUUCUGUUGUCACGCUUGUUAUUGUCAGUGUGUCAUUUUCUUUUCGGCGAGUCAGCCAUUCCGUUUCUUUUGCCAAACUCCGAUCUCUCUCUGUUCUGUCCUUUUCUCUUUACGUUUUCCACUAUGAUUUAAUGAAAGAAACUGCUCCCAAUUCCUCUCCUCUGAAGCAAUGUUUAGAAAAACCUGUGCAAGAAUUAAACUUUAAAACCUUGCAAUAAA